AUGUCAAUUAAAGACGACACAAAGAUAUUAUAAUAAUUUUUAAAGGAACUUCCUUAAGAUAUUAGUGUUAGACACAUAAAGAGUCUUAAAGCUGGGUCUAAAGUACAAAAGUAAAAAAACUGUAUAUAAAAUAGUGUUUAAAAUACAAGAGUGUUUCGAAGUACAAAGGGAUUAAGUGCAAUGAAUUCCCAACUCCAUAAUACACUGAAAUAAUAUCAAAACUAACUAGGAGAUGAUGUGGUUUAAGAUGCCAAAGAUGAAAUAAAUACUUUAAUAUAAACAUUGACACCUAAAUAUUAAGUGGGUGACAAGCUUUAAUAAGUAAAUGGAAUUCAGAAAAUAAACUUUGGUGAAGAUAAUAGUGUUACUACUGAACAAGCAAGUUUUUAAGUAGAGGAUGGAAUAGUUUAUCUGAUUGAUAUAUGGGUAAAGAAUAAAAAUAAUUGUUUAGGCAACCUGGUGUGGACCAUGUUAAGGACCCAUGGAUCAUAAUCAAAAGAUGUUGGAAAAGAAUGCAGAUUGGUAGAAUAAAGUAAAGAUUGUUGCUAUUUCUGUGGAUGAUGAUAAUGAAUCAGUAACAGAGAGAGUCAAUAAUAAAAAAUGGAAAUCUAUUGAACACUAUAGAUUUGAGAAGGGAUGGGAUGAAGAAAAUGAUUUAAUUAAAUAUCUUCAACUUAGAGGAAUUCCAUUUGUGAUUCUAAUUAAUAAAUGGGGAAAAAUCAUAUAUUUAGGACAUCCUUCAAAAGGUAAUUUGGAAGUCAGAAUAAAUUAAGAAAUAAAAGCUGAAAAAGAAGAAGAAUAAGAAGCUUAAAAAGUUAAUUAAGAAGGAAAUGGUGAUUAAGAAUUAUUAACAAAAGAAUAAUACCAAUAAAUAAAAUAAAAAAUUAAAGAGUUAUCAACUGUAAUUUAAGAAGCAUAAUUUGAAGGAAUAGUAGAAGUAAAAUCAGAAAAAGAAAAUAUUUGGAAUCAGGAUGGAACUAAGGUAGUUAAAAAGAGAUCAAAAUUAGAACUUAGAUAUGAUAUUCAUGUUUCUGAAGAAUAAAAAUUGAACACCUUUCUUUAAAAUCAUUGGAAUUCUAUCUCUGAUGAUUUGAGAGUUGUAAAAGAAUGUAAAGUAAGAGACCCUUAAAGAUCAGUCAAUGAAAUUAAGACAAAAUUUUAAUCAUAUUUUGAGAGUAAAGGUGUGUCAAUCGAAUACCCACUCUCUGAGAUUUCAAAUUUCAAUUUUGAUUAAGAGAGUUAAGAGAUUUAAUCAAAAGAGAAAAGCAGUUUUGAAAUAAAAUCUCAAAAUUUAACUUUAGAUAUAUAUAAAACUGGAAUGGAUGAAUUAAAAGAAUACUUGGAAUAAUAUGAAGACGAAGAGAAUGAAGAGAUUAGAGAAACAAUAGAUUAGAUUGUAGAAGGAUUAAAAUCUAAUGUUACUUUAGGUGAAGGAAAACAAUUUGCCUCAAUUGAAAAUUAUAAAAAAUGGGGAUCAGAAGAAUUGAGCACAAUUGAACAUACAUAAGGUUAAGUUUUAGUUCUUGAUUAUUGGGCAAAAUGGUGUGGUCCAUGUGUAAGAGAAAUAAAAAAUAAUACAGAGCUUAUUAAAUAAAAUUCAGAUAAAUGGGGCUAAAGUGUUAGAUUUGUUUCUCUCAGUUUAGUAUUAGCUGAAGAUGCUAAGGAUUUUAUGGAUUCUAAUUAAGAAAGUUAAAAGUAUAUAGAGUUUUAUUUCCCAAAAGAACAACGAUAGAAAGAUACAACAUUAUAUGGAGUUUAAUAUAUUCCUCAUUAUAUUAUCGUUGAUAAAUUUGGAACAAUAAGACGAGUAGCUAAUGUUAAAGACAUGAAAUCACUUGUUGAUGAAUUGAUUAAUGAAGAAGCUUCUUAGAAAUCACUUGAUUAAUCUGAAUCUUAAUUAUAUAAUUAAGAUUCUCUGAAUUAACUUAAAUCUAUCCUUUUAAGUUAAGAAACUAUUACUUAAAUAAAAUAGAUUGAUUAAUAAAAAGUUAUCUCUUUCAAUCUUAAAAUUUCAUCAAAACAAGUAGGAUAGUAAUUUUAAUUUGAAAAAGUUGAACUCUCAUAUUUUAUUAGAGACAAUUAAGUCGAUUGUAUCAAUACAAUUCUAAAUAAACUAUAUUAAGUUAUACCUGAGAAGAAUUGGACUAUUGAUAAAACUAUAUCAAAGACAGUUUCAGUUAAAUAUCCUGGAUCUAUUUGUGCUGUUUGUUAAAAAGUUAUAACAAAUGAACCUCAAUAAUAUUAUAGUAUCUUUAAAGAUGAACAUGUUUGUGCAGAAUGUGCAGAAUUCGAUGAUUAAACCAAAACUGGAAUGGAAAGAUAUAAAUAUCAAGAUACAUUAAUAUUUAUUAAUGGCCCAUUAAAAGAUUUAUCUGUGUUAACAAACAUUGAUGAUCAUAAAAUUGGAAAAAACUUAAAGUUGAAAGAAGGAGAUAAAGCUGACUAAAGACAUCCUAUGAUGUGCAAUGGUUGCGGAGAAGGAGCAUAAGGCCCAAGAUACAUUUCCAUUACUGCCAGACCUGGAAGAUAUAGAGGAGGAGUAUAUAAUUAUUUUAUUUUUAGGGAUAUAUUGAUUAUUGUUGUAAAUGUUUUGAAGAAUUAAAAAAUAAAGAAUCUGAAAAAGCAAAAGAAAUUGUUGCUAAAGAUGCUGCAGAUGGAAUGACUGCAGAUAGCUUAUUUACAAGAGUCCUUUUUAAUUAUGGAGGUUACACUACCUUUUGAUUAAUCAAAUAAAUAUAAAAAAAGGACAUUAUCAUCAUACAAUCCAUAUAUCAUAGUUUUUAUAUCCUUACUCUACUACUACUUUUUUAAAUAUGUCCUGAAUUAACUUAUAACUAAAUCUUUAUUCUCUGUUUUUACUUUAUCUUUUAAAUUGUCUGCAUCUUAAGGAG